GUGAUUUAUUUGGUUAUGAUUCGAAUUACGAUUUAUUAUAAAUAUAUUGUGUUAUUGGAAUUGAUUGAAUGAAGAAGGCCAAGUACGUUUUCUUACUCUAAUUUGGGUGAUUGUGUGCUAAUAAUCUCUAAAUAAAAACAUUAUGCGUGUUGAAGGGUUUGGAACAGGAAUCAUACUCUGUUGUUUUCGUGCUUUCCCAAUGUUAAACGGUACUUGCACCUAGAUAGUCGGGGGUAUGAGACCGACGGUACCAGGGUACCACAUGACGGUACUAGGGUAUCAUAAUAGGUAUUGUGUCAGACCCCGUGCUGCCCUUUCUCUUGUUUGUGAUACGGAGCGCACGACAGGGGAGGAAGACGAGGGAACCGAGGACUUUGAUGGUGCGUUACGACAUCAGCGUAGUGGACGCGAAAGGCGACAAUUGGCGUGGCCAUGCUCACUUCUGCCUUAGCCGGCCUCGGUGCAAAUGUUUCAGGUUUCCGCUGGAAGCACCACUGUGUGAUGGGUCUGAACCCUUACGGUGGUUAUACAAGGUGGAGGAAUACUUCAAGUUCUACAAGACGUCGGUCGAGGACCGCCUUCGUUGUAUCGCCUUGAUGCUCGAGGGUCCUGCGGCGGAUUGGUUUCGUUGGCGAAUGAAUGGGAGGCUCAUUACUAACUACGCCGAUUUUGUGGAAAAGUUUAAACUCCGGUUCGAUCCGCAACAUUAUGUCGAUUAUUUUGGGCAAUUGGCGAAUCUUCGCCAAACCGGCACCGUUAUGGAUUACCAGACCGCUUUUGAGCAUAUUCUCACGCAUGUCACAGGAGCCUCCGAAGGUAAUUUGAUGUCAUUAUUUCAUGCCGGACUUAAACCCUAUUUGCAACAUGAGAUCGCACUCUUACGGCCGCCUUCCCUCUCUGCCUCUUUCGCGCUUGCUCGUGAAUUGGAGGCCAAGCAUGAUACCCUCCUGCGUGCGGUUUCUACUCGGCCAAGUUCAUGGUCUUCUUCCACACCAUCGCGGUUCCCAGCUCCAGUGAAAGGCCCUCCCCCUCUCGACGACAAUCCCCCGGCCAAACCUCUUCGUCCUGAAAUUGUGGGGUCUACUCCGGUCCGUCGGUUACCAUGGGCAGAACGCCGGGCAAAGGGAUUGUGUUACAAUUGUGACCAAAAGUGGUCCAAGACUCACCGGUGUCACCGCUUUCUGCUUUUGUGUGAUGAUGACGAUGAGGAGCUACCGCUGGCCCCUACCGAUGAGGCACACCCUAUUGCUGCCGAUAUAUCUUGUAUGAAUGCCAUGGAUGGCGUGGCUACGCCGCGGUCUCUUCGCUUGACUGGACGGGUGUCCAAUUCCGACGUACAUGUUCUCAUCGACAGAGGUAAUACCCACAACUUUGUCCACCCGAACUUUAUUUCCCGAUUACAGAUUCCAGUUUUCAUGGUGACGCCGUUCCGCGUUUACGUUGGUAAUGGCGAUUCCCUUCCGUGGGAUAAACAAUGUUUGGGAUUGACACUGCGUUUGCAAGGCACGUCUUUUCCGGUUGACGUUUUUGUCUUACCCAUUCACGGCCAAGACAUCGUCCUAGGCGUCCAAUGCCUACAGAAGCUCGGUCGUGUGACACACGAUUAUGCCUCCAUGAAAAUGGAAUUCCUCUGGGAAAACAACCGAGUUCUGCUUAAGGGAGACACCUCACCCCUACAAGCCCUCACGUUGCAUGCGUUGCAUUCUCUACGCGCUGCUCGGGGAAUUACAGAUUGCUAUGAACUCUAUUGUCUGGCACCUACUGACGCCAUCCGGCAGGCCAACCAUACGGAACCAGAUUUGGCAGAGCUUCAUCGUGCACAUGUAGCCGGCCGGCUGCCAUUACCCUACGCCGUUGAAGAUGGGCUUCUCUUCUACAAACGCAGAUUAUGUAUUGGCUCUCAAUCGCCUCUCCGUACGGAGCUUCUUCGGGAAUACCAUGACACCCUGAUGGCGGGUCACGGGGGAGUGUUACGCACCUUCCAACGAUUGGCUAUGGUUUUCUUUUGGAAGGGCCUGCGGAUGUCCCCAUUUCAAGCAUUGUAUGGUCGUCCUCCCCCGUCAUUUCUACCAUACAAGCCUGGUGAUAGGAAGGUGCCUGCAGUGGAUGAGAUGCUGUCCGAGCGAGCUGCCCUUUUCGAGUCUCUACGCCAGAAUUUAACAACGGCCCAGCAACGUAUGAAAACGGCCGCCGACCAGCACCGCAGGGAAUUGUCCUUUGACGUCGGUGAUUUGGUGUUAUUACGGCUACAACCCCACCGGAAGCAUUCUGUGGCACGACGUUGUUCAGCAAAGUUAUCUCGUCGGCACUAUGGGACUUUUGAAGUCGAAGCCAAGAUCGGGCCUGUGGCAUAUCGCUUGCAACUGCCCCAACAGCCCGGGUGCACCCGAAUUUUCAUGUAUCACUCUUACGACCUUUUCAUGGGGCACGUGACGCUCCCGGCUUUCCGUUGCCUGAGGAGUUCGUGGGAGGCCAGCCCCUAUCCCGUCUCAUUAAAGUGCAUCAACGGCAUUCCAUUUUGCAGCAUGGACGCAUGGUUGAACAGGCCCUGGUUCAAUGGUCGGAUGGAGAUUUGGAUGAUGCAACGUGGGAACCAGUAGAAAUGCUUCGUCGGUCGUACCCUCAGCUCGACCUUGAGGACAAGCUCCCUGUGCAACCGGGGGGAUGAUACGGAGCGCACGGCAGGGGAGGAAGACGAGGGAACCGAGGACUUUGAUGGUGCGUUAUGACAUCGGCGUAGUGGACGCGAAAGGCGACAACCGGCAUGGCAUAAAGAUUACGUUAUUUA